GAAUCACACUGUACUCUGGCGUCCACAUUUGUGUUGAAGUUUUAAGUUAACAGCAUCAGUGAGUUUGAUUAGUUGUUCUGCUAUAUGUUAAGAGCUAGAACUGUAAUUGGCUUCUAGCAAUGGCAAAGCCAGAGCUAGUGUAACUGCUUAGACAGGCGCUGGAAGUUCUUGAUAAAGAGGAAACUUCCAGUAAUGGCCACCUUUCCCUCAUCCAUUUUAUGAACAGCGAACACAACUCCAACUCCCACUCCUGGUCCUUCAUCAACGAAAGCCUUUACAGUGGCCUGCCAAACUGUUGAAGUACCUGUCUAAGCUGCUACACCAGUUGGACGAAUCACUCAGCAGUAAACCACAUCCCAACAACUCGACACACCCAGCUCUCUCCCUCUCUCUGUCUCUGUGUCUCUGUCACUUUCUCAUGUCAUCAUGAGCUGAGCAAACGUCUAAAAUCCAGGAUAACACAAAAAAGAGAAAGAGGAAAAGGAGAAAAUUUCACAAAGGAGUGGAGAAGAGGAGCAUUUCAACAGUAUGGGCUCUGGCCAAAGCAGCGAAAAGCUCCACUGUAACCGCUAUCUGAACGGACAGGGUCCUCCACCACUACUACAGCAAGCUAAUGACGGGGUGAAUGGGAUGUAUAAAGAACUGAAUGGCUGUCAGCCAGAGGGCCAGAUGACCUGGGUGAUCCUCCACAGAGACCUGCCAGGAUUCCCUGAUAGCAACACACUGCAGAUCAACUACAUCUUCCCCGAUGGAAUACAGACAGAGAAACACCCCCACCCUGGCCAGCCUUAUGCAGGACUACGGCUCUGUGCUUACCUGCCUGACAACCGUGAGGGCAGAAAGGUUCUCAGGGGGCUGGACAAGGCCUUCAACGAGCAGCUCCUGUUUACUGUUGCCACCAAUAAAGACGGAGAGGAUAUGGUCACCCCAGCAUCUAUUCCCCUAAAAACACAACCAGACGGAGGGACCAAGGUUGAUGGAUACCCAGAUCCUGACUACUUGAAGACUGUGAGAAAGCUACUGAAGCACAAAGGCAUUGAAUAACACACAACACACACUACUGGAUGGACAGAUGAAGGCAGAGACAUCAAACUAUAUAGAUCCUGUGCCAUAAAUUACUAGAAAAUUACUCUUUUAAAAUAUUAUCUGAUGGAUGUUUUUAUCAAUGUGUAAUCCUGAGUGUAUUAUUUAAUUUGAUUUCACUUUAUU